CGAGAAUGCAACAAAGUUUAGACCCUCGAGAUUCACGGGGCUAGCACCCGAGCGAUACAGAAAACGGGGUAAAUAAUCCUAUAUCUUUUUGCAAAAUAACGGUGCCAAACAAUAAGAUAACAUUUCUCUUUUCUCUCUCAUAUGGGAUUCGACGUAAAACAAUUCUCAACAUCAACGGGCGACAGAGAUAUAUUUGAUGUUUCAAAUGUAUUAUGUUCCAUCAACAAGUGUGUGAGGUCUCUUUACAAAGUUACAAUGGAGUGUUAAAUUUUUAGUGAUUUCUAGUAUUUACGAAGCUAUGUUUUCUUAAGGAGAUUCGGUGUUUUUUCCCUGUGUGUAAUAUUGUACAUGUUCAUUACGGCUCCCCCACCCGUGACAUCCGUUAGAAGUCCCGACCCCCCAUCCAUGAAGGAGGAACCCGUCGCCCCUGUCCAGACCAACCCCAUACGGAACUGGAUGCAGCCCACGAGUCUGGACCAGGGCAAUGUGGGGUUCGGAAGAGCACAUUUUGAAAAGCAGCCACCGAGUAAUCUACGGAAAAGUAACUUCUUCCAUUUUGUGCUGGCGUUGUAUGACCGGCAGGGACAACCCAUUGAAGUGGAGAGGACUGCCUUCAUUGACUUCGUGGAAAAGGAUCAGGAAUUAGAAGGCCAAAAAACGAAUAAUGGAAUACAUUACAGGCUCCAGUUAUUGUACGCUAAUGGAGUACGGCAGGAACAGGAUCUUUUCGUUCGUCUCAUCGAUUCCGUCACAAAACAGGCAAUUAUCUACGAGGGACAGGACAAAAACCCCGAGAUGUGCCGAGUGUUACUCACACAUGAAGUCAUGUGCAGUCGGUGCUGCGACAAGAAAAGUUGUGGAAAUAGAAACGAAACACCCUCCGACCCCGUCAUUAUUGACAGGUUUUUCUUAAAGUUCUUCAUGAAGUGCAAUCAAAACUGUUUAAAGAAUGCAGGGAACCCACGAGAUAUGCGGAGAUUUCAGGUGGCUAUUUGUACGACUAUUUCUGUAGACGGAACAUUGCUAGCCGUCUCGGAUAACAUGUUUGUUCACAAUAAUUCCAAACAUGGCCGCCGCGCCAGACGACUGGAUCCAACGGACGGAGAUGCUUGGUUUUUUGCCGACUCGUACACCUCCAGGGCCUUCGGUCGCUACCCUCGUGACGCCGGGGUCAUCACCACGCCCACAAUCAAGGCCAUUUGUCCCAGUGAGGGUUGGACGUUAGGGGGAACUACCAUCAUCAUCAUUGGGGAUAACUUUUUUGACGGGCUCCAGGUGGCGUUUGGUUCCGUGUUCGUUUGGAGUGAGCUGAUUACGUCACAUGCCAUCCGUGUUCAGACACCUGCGCGACAGCUUCCAGGUGUGGUAGAGGUCACGCUCUCCUACAAGUCAAAGCAGUUCUGUAAAGGUGCCCCCGGAAGAUUUGUCUACACAGCGUUAGCGGAACCAACCAUUGAUUACGGAUUUCAAAGAUUAAUGAAGCUCGUCCCGAGACACCCCGGGGAUCCCGAGAGACUUCCGAAGGAGAUCGUUCUGAAGAGAGCGGCUGAUUUGGCGGAGGCUUUGUACAGUAUGCCAAGAAACCCCAAUCAGCUAUCCCUCCCACCGCCGCGGUCCCCCGCGAUGACCAAUGGUUCCCCUAUGUCUAGUUUUAACCCUCCAUACUCUGGUCAGCUAGCGGUCAGCAUCCAGGACACUAAUGGCCAGUGGGAGGAAGGCUACACGAGGGGUCAAGGUUCCAGUUUGUCACCUAGAGGUUACGGUUCUAAUGGAUCCACGCCCCACUCUAACGGAAGCGGAUAUAGUUCGGCAGCCAUGAACGGGUAUCACGCCCCCACCGGUGGUCUUGGGAAUAUGGGUAUGAGCAGCCUAGUAACCUCACCUUUUUCUAGUGUGAAUCCUUUUGCGCUUCCAACGUGUAACGGACAGACAUACGGUAGUUCCAUCAUAUCGCCUGCAAAAUGAAUCAAAACGAAUGUAACUGACGGAUUUCAGUGGUUAAUAGCUCAUUUAUGUACGAUAUUAGAAAGAAAAUCCAGUGUCAUGUAGGGCUAGCGCUGGAGUUACAGAGAGAGAGAGAGAGAGCGGGACCCAAAGUGACCGGGGCGUAUUGUUCUUGCCACCGCGCCUUAUAUUGUUCACUUGCUCACGUGACUGUAAAGUGUACACAUCCAUCCUGAUAUUCAAAAUUUCAAAUGUCAUCAUUCACAGCAGUUUCAGUGUGCAUUAAAGCAUUAUACAAGUGUAUCUUCUAUAAACAUGAUUAAGCUGUUCAUAUACGAGAAGCCUUGACAUAUUUGCUAGAAUAAUACUCAGUCUCUAUAUAAGGUUUCUUUAGCUCAAUAUUGUGGUUAUCAGUAUAUAAAUCGUUAUCUUUGUUUUACACACAAUGUUAAAAGUUUUGUUUGAUUUGUUUACAAGUAACUAUGUUGACGGUAGUCUUAAAUAUUCUUUACUUAUAUACAUGUAUAUCUAGCGUUGGUUCUGCUGCCUUUUACGGAUUAGAUUUUUUAUUGUAAAAAAAACAUAUUGAAAAAUGAUGUAUUUCAUAAAAUUACUAUAAUUCAAGUAGGAUAGAGAGACAGAUUUAUUAUCAUAUUGACUAAAUGGUCUAAUUAGAAUUUAUUUUUUACAACCUUUGAUUUAAUUUUAUCUCUCUGAUGAAUAAAC